AUGCCCCUCUUCAACUCUUUGGCUCAACGCGUUAUCCAGCAAGGAUUUUCCAAAUCUCUCACCCACGGCUACGCACAGUCGCUCGUAGCUGGCACACACCUCCACACUCUCAACGCGCAGAACCGGCCAACCUUUUCCCGGCGGCAUAGUCAGCGCAUCGGCCCAUUAUCGACUCUCCAGCUUCAGGGUCAGGGUGCAUUUCACAGCUCUGCUUCGGCGGCGAAUGCUACUCAGGAGCAUCGCCAUGACCGGCUUCUUAGCAACCAUGGAGGUCUAGAUGCAUAUUUCGAGGCCCUCCAGAACCGGCAAGAGCAUGAGUUGGAGACUGGCGAGGUUCAAACUGAGGCCGAGAAAGAAUGGACCCAAUUCCAAUUCCCAAAGCAGAUCGAGUGGAAGCCAAGUGUUUCUACCGUCAUAGGCGAAUCUAAAUCUGAUGUUCAAGCUGUCAACGCUGUUGAGGCUGCCCGAGAUGAAUCCGAUGCGCCGGUCGCGGUGCCUGCUGAGGCGGCAUUGGCCCACAUCGACGCGGCUCUCAAGAACGAGCUGGAAGUCCGACAACUACAGGAAGCUCUGGAGGAGAUCUCACUUGUUGUCCACUCUCGAGCACUCUCUCCGAUUAUUGAAAGCGCAAGGUCAGUUAGUCCAGCCAGCAUUGCACGCACUGCGACACCGCCGGUAGACUCUCAGUCCCAAAGCUACGCCGAUCACCUCACCAAGCUCGCUGAGGAUGGCCGCUUCGCUGAGAUACCGGCCGUCUUUGAGGCCAUGUUGGUUGCCAACAUCAAGCCCAUUGCAAGUGCGUACAAUGCUCUGCUCAAUGCUGCCAUUCGCAUUCCUAUGGCGCAAAGCGAGGUUGUGUCGAAGGCUCUGGAUGUCUACUCCGAUAUGAUGAGACGGAAGGUCACGCCUGACAGUGAGACCUACAAUAUUUUGCUGGGUCUGCUUGCCGCUCGGUGUCUUGAAGUCUCAAGCUUGAAGAAAGACCUUGAGGUGAGGCGGACUCGUUUUGGUGGAAUGGACGAGCGUGGGACAUUCAUGUUUGCUUCCUAUGAGAUGGACCACGCUAUUCUUUCAGAAGAACUUGAUCGACUCGACCUAGCACUAAAGCUGUUCGAGUCCUCGGUUGUGUCGCAUCAGGCUAGUUACUCGUCUGAAGUCUACCAUCAGCUCAUCUCAGCAUGUGCCCAAGCGGGCCGAAUCACAGAUAUGCUCCAACUUUUCGAUCAUAUGGAACACAGCGGAGCCGUACCGUUUGCUGCCACAUUCCCCACUAUGAUCACGGCCUUCUCCAAAUUGGGUGAUUUGGCCAGCGCAGUCGAGUGUUACAAUGAGUACAAGGAGCUUGCUAUCGCCCACGACAGCGGCAGAUAUACACUUAAUGACCGUCUCGAUUCUCAAGUAUACGCAGCUGUCAUUAAUGGCUACGUAAUUAACGAUAAGCCCGAAGGAGCCAUGAAAUUUUACGAGCGCAUUGUGUCUGACUAUGGCGUUCGUGUAGCAGACAUGGAGGAUGCUCUAAUCAGUGGAGGAUUCGUCAACGGCUUCAUGGAACGGGGUAUCUAUCAAGAAGCACUUCAAUGGGCUCAAGGAAUCGAGAACGAAAGUCGAUUGUCGACCAUGGCCACCAUUGCGACCACUGCCGCCGAUAAUGAUGAUCAGCACUCAGCAGUAGCCGCCUUUGCGAAUAUUCCGUCCUCCUACCAAGGCAUCGCGACACCGGCAAUGGCUCUGCUUGCACUCAGUGUUCGGGCAGGUGAUGUUGCCGCUGCCAGCCAAUACUGGCACAUUCUGAGCAAUCCUGAGGUCGAAGCUGUACCAGCGUUCAUCGAGCCCACUGCCAUGUAUGCUGUAGCUAUGAUUGGCUCGGGUCAGGUUGCUGAGGGUUUGGCUGAGUCUGAACUGAUGUUCCAACGCAUUCGUGCAGCUGGCGUCGAUGCUAGGCCACAGCUGGUUGACGAAAUCCAGGAGGGCAUCGACUUCAUAUCGAAGUUUAUGUCCACACGUGGAAUCAUAGACCCCCGGCAUGUGUCGCCAGUCAGCUUCACUCAACAGACUUUCUCCGCCUCGCCCUACCCAUCUACUCCUACUGUUUCAAGCUACGAGGAUAACUUUGACCCUUACGCGUACAACACCGACUUCAAGGGUUCGUCCAUCAUCUCCGAUGAGCUUGAAGGCGCUCAUGGCCGCAAGGGUCCUAGAAUCAACGAGGCUCUAACCCGUUUUCGCAACAUGCGACGAGCCGGUCGUCAUCCGCGGUACAUCACAUAUGCUAAGAUGAUUUCGGCUGCCGCUCGUGAGGGAAAGAUGGAUAUGUGCCACGACAUCCUUGUCAUGGCUCGAACCGACGUGCCCCUGCUCCCCCAAUUUGCCGUUGUUCGCUAUGGCUGGUCUUCAAUUUUGGAUGCUAUGGUUGGUGCUUGCCUGACACUGGGUGAUCGUACUCUGGCCGAGCAGUAUCAUCUGGAGCUUCUCGAGAUGGGAUCUGCGCCGUCCGCCAACACUUUCGGUCUCUACAUCACUACCCUCAAGGAAUCGACCAAGACUUUUGACGAGGCCACGGAGGCAGUAAAAAUCUUCCACCGCGCCAAGUCUGAGGGAGUUGAGCCGUCCAGCUUCUUGUAUAACGCUCUGAUUGGCAAGCUUGGCAAGGCCCGACGCAUUGAUGACUGCCUCUUCUUCUUCGCCGAGAUGCGUGCGCUUGGUAUCAAGCCCACCAGCGUUACCUAUGGAACCAUUGUCAAUGCUCUGUGUCGUGUCAGCGAUGAGAAGUUUGCUGAGGAACUGUUCGAUGAGAUGGAGGCCAUGCCCAACUACAAAGCUCGCCCAGCUCCUUACAACAGCAUGAUGCAAUUCUUCCUCACAACUAAGCGUGAUAAGGCCAAGGUACUGGCUUACUACGAGCGAAUGAAAGCCAAGGGCAUCGCGCCGACUGCGCACACGUACAAGCUUCUCGUCGAUACCCAUGCCACCCUCGAGCCUGUCAACAUGACUGCCGCUGAGGCUGUUCUUGACAUGAUAAGAUCCUCCGGUCAGCGUGUUGAACCAGUUCACUACGCGUCUCUCAUCCACGCUCGUGGCUGCGUCCUUCACGACAUGGCUGGUGCCAAGAAUAUCUUCGAUUCGGUUAUGAGCGACCCUAGCGUGCCCGCAAAUCCUUGCUUAUUUCAGGCGCUGUUUGAAGCUAUGGUCGCCAACCACCACGUUGCGGAUACCGAAGCGAUUGUGGCCGAAAUGCGACGCCGCCGUGUUGAAUUGACUCCCUACAUCGCCAAUACUUUGAUCCAUGGAUGGGCCGGCGACAAAAACAUUGAGAAGGCCAACUCUGUAUACAACAGCGUUAGUCGUGAGAAGCGUGAGCCCAGCACCUACGAGGCUAUGACACGUGCAUACCUCGCAGUUGAGGACCGAAACAACGCCAAGUCCGUCGUCCACGAGAUGCUCACUCGAGGCUACCCCAGCGCCGUUGUCAACAAGGUGCUGGAACUCCUCGGAGGUGGCAGCAGCGAAGAGGUUGCCACGGCUUGAACCCAGGGGACUCCCAUUCCCUGACCCUUUUCCUAUUCUGUCGAAGUUUCCUUUGUCCUCCGAUGAUGUGCUUUUCUAAUACGAUACCCCGUGCUUUGUUGAGAGUGGUGGUUGCAAUUCCAGGUGGAAUCAGGGUGGCCGGGGGACGUCGGUCGAAAAGGGGCGGAGGAUAAGCGUUAUGUUUUGAUCUUUCCAAUAUCAUGACUACAGCAGCAUCUUGACGAGAGCACACACGUCUGUUGUGGCUGGAACUUGGCAGCCAGGCGUUCUACGGUUGUAUGUAUAAAAAGGAUUUUGCCGUUGAUCGGUUGGUCGGUCAGGUGCGGACUGGGUCGAGCUCAGGUCUUUUGGGUGCGAAAGACGAGCCGCAUGUUUCAAGACAAGGCUGCAUGCCCGCCGCGCAUGCGAU